AUGGCCAUGGAUCGUAGAAUUUUCCGGGGACCGGACGACAACGUCUGGCACGUAAAGACAACGUUCUCUGGAAAACAUGGCCGCGUGCUCCAGGGGGCUCGCGGCGCCGCCGUUCGAUCUGACCGCGAGGGGGGCGGCGCACGCACACUGGCCGUGGCCGUGCCCCGCCCCGCGACGCCGCGCGAUCCGGUGCUGCUGCCGCGCGCAGCAGGAGCCGCGGAGGCGCCCCGCCAAGGCGGCGGCGGUCGCGCCGGAGCGCGCCGAGGAGUGGCGCAUCGACGGGAACAAACUCGCCGCUGCCGCCCGGGGCAGGCGGCGCGCCGGCCUCACCGCAAUGCCGUCACUCCCCUUCCCUUCUCCUCGUAUAGUUCUAGAAGGCAAACAAAGCAACAGGAUUUCUAUCCGCGGUGCACGCCAAGAGGGCCGGCUCCUCAAUCCCGUGAUACUCCGCCAAAGAGAGACACUGGUAUUGCUAGUGAGAAGGAAUGGGGAAUCAACCUUCUGGAUGAAGCAGUCAAGGAGUCUGGGACAAAUGAAGAUGGAAGCACCUGGUACAGGGAGAGUGGAGAAGAUCUUGGUGAUAAUGGGUACAGGUGUCGCUGGGCUAGGAUGGGAGGACAGAGUCAUGAUGGUACAACUGAAUGGAAAGAGACGUGGUGGGAGAAAAGUGAUUGGACUGGAUAUAAGGAGCUAGGUGCGGAGAAAUCUGGGAAGAAUGGUGAGGGUGACUCUUGGUGGGAGAAAUGGAAAGAAGUUCUUUAUCAAGAUGAAUGGAGCAAUCUUGCAAGAAUAGAGAGGAGCGCUGAAAAGCAAGCAAAAUCAGGAGCAGAAAAUGCUGGGUGGUAUGAAAAAUGGUGGGAAAAAUAUGAUGCCAAAGGCUGGACAGAAAAAGGUGCUCAUAAGUAUGGGAGAUUAAAUGAACAGUCUUGGUGGGAGAGGUGGGGUGAACAUUAUGAUGGCCGAGGUUUUGUAUUGAAAUGGACAGACAAGUGGGCCGAGACAGACUUAGGCACCAAAUGGGGGGACAAAUGGGAAGAGAAAUUCUUUGCUGGAAUUGGUUCUCGACAAGGGGAGACAUGGCAUGUAUCCCCUGGCGGAGAUCGGUGGUCAAGAACUUGGGGAGAAGAGCACUUCGGUAAUGGGAAAGUUCAUAAAUACGGGAAGAGCACAACUGGCGAGAGCUGGGAUUUAGUAGUUGAUGAGGAGACGUACUACGAGGCGGAGCCUCAUUACGGAUGGGCUGAUGUUGUCGGAGAUUCAACACAACUGUUGUCGAUACAACCUGUCGAUAGGCCACCUGGAGUGUACCCGACAAUUGACUUCAGCGCCUCAUCUCCACCGUCGGAUGAUCCACCAGGACCAGGCAUGCCUCCUCCGCGACGGGGUGGGCCCAGCGACCCACACUGCGACCAUUUAAGCUGCUCUAGAGCAGCCGGGCCAGGCAGGCCACCUCCUCCUCCCGAGUCAACGCAACAGUCAAACAAACACUGCACUCCCAUUCCCACCUCCCAACGCUCUCGAGCUUUCACAGCCAUGGCGUCGCUCCGAGCCGGCCGCCUGGCCGCGCCGGCCGCCGCUGCCCUCCUCCUCCUCGUCCUCCUCGCCGCCCCCGCCCCCGCCUCCGCCACCAACUUCACCUGCCACGCACCGGCGGCCACCACCUGCCAGUCCGCCAUCCUCUACACCGCCCCCAACGCCACCACCUACGCCGAGCUCGUCGCCCGCUUCAACACCACCGCCCUCCCCGACCUCCUCGGCGCCAACGACCUCCCCGAGACCACGCCUCCCAGCGCCUCCAUCCCCGCCAAGUCCACCGUGCGCAUCCCCUUCCGCUGCCGCUGCGACGGCAGCGUCGGCCAGUCGGACCACCACCCCAUCUACGUCGUCCAGCCGCUGGACUUCCUCGACGCCAUCGCGCGCAACGUGUUCAACACCUUCGUCACCUUCCAGGAGAUCGCCACCGCGAACAACAUCUCCGAUCCCAACAAGAUUAAUAUCAACCAGACGCUGUGGAUUCCGCUGCCCUGCAGCUGCGACAAGGUGGACGACUCUGACGUGACGCACCUCGCCUACAGCGUCGCCAGCGGCGACUCCACGGCGGGGAUCGCCGCCAAGUACGGCGUCACGGAGUCGACGCUUCUUACCAUCAAUAAGAUCGAAGAUCCCAAGAAAUUGCAGAUGGGACAGAUUCUAGAUGUCCCGCUCCCUGUUUGCCAUUCGUCGAUCAGUGAUAACUCAGCUGAUCACAAUCUGAUGCUCCUCCCAAAUGGCACUUACGCGUUCACCGCAGGAAACUGCAUCCGUUGCAGCUGCAGUGCAAGCACCAACCAGCUAAACUGCACGGCAGUGCAGCACAAUGGAUGCCCCUCUGUUCCACAGUGCGGUGGAACGCUUAAGCUUGGUGACACAAAUGGCACUGGUUGUGGAUCAACAACGUGCGCCUACACUGGUUACUCCAACAGUCCACUCACUAUACAAACCAGUCUUGAAACUAACCAGACAAAAACCUGCCAGAAAGGAGGAUCUGGGAGGUCGCAGUUCGCCGGGUCCAUGUGGAGGAUGUCUGUUAUCUCCUUCCACAUGGUGUUGAUCAUUAUCUGCUUCCUUUGAUGCUGAAUACUACCGCAACUCUAGAUGGUACAUUUCAAAGAGUUCUAUAACAGUAUGUGAUUGUUGUCGUAACUUAGAAAUUUGAGUUCACUCUGUUCUUUAGAGAAUGAUUGCACUGGUACAGUUGCUUGAAUAAAACAUUGAUGUAUGGGAAUAUGGGAUUUGCAUCUGAAAAUGAAUAUUCAUUGGAUAGGGUUAUCUGAAAUAAAAAGAUCCCAUGUGUUUUGUCAUAGAGGCAACAUGGAUAUGUAAUGUACUCCAUCCGUUUCAUGUUAUAAGAUAUUUUGACCCUUUUAGA